AUGAUUUUGCGAUUUUGUUUUCUAAUUUUAAUAUUGGUAAAACCUAUUGAUUGCUAAAAAGUGUUAGAAUUUUCUUCAUUUACAGAUGAGAGUUUCACAGAUUUAGAUGGUAUUAAUAUCUGUUAUAUUAGGAUGGAAUUUAAUAGUAGUUGAAUAAUAAGGAUCUGGGAUUGAUAAACCUCCUUCAAAUACUUAAAGUUAUGCUGGAUUUAAUUCAAUAUAUUGGGAUAGGUCUAGCGAUGUAUUUAUUGCAUUUGGACAUAAUUAUCCAAGAUAAGGAAUAAUCAAAUAUUACAAUAAUCUCAAGUCUCAUAAAGCAUUGUUAAUUACAUUUUAAAUUUACAUGUACGAUAAAAAAUUAUAGGUAAUAGAUUUAAUAAUUCAAAUUGGCCAGCUGGAAAUUGUAAUGUUGAAUUAUUUAUUGAUGGAUAAAAACAAUAUAUAGCAAUGCCUAAUUUUAAUACAUCUUAAAAAAGUAUUAAAUAACAUGUUGAAUUGUCUAUGACUCAUACUGCUAAAUCAAUAUUCAUUUAAUUUUCUGGUAUUCUUACAGAUGCAAAUGUAUAUGAAUAAUUUAAUAAAUUAGAAAGUUUCUUUAGGUAUUAGGGAUUUUUAUUUAUAUUCGAUUCCAUGUCCUAUGAAUUGUUUAUUUUGCAGAAAAACAGAUAAAUUGGAAGAUGAAUGUAUAGAUUGGUAACUUGCUUCUGAAUUUUUAGUAGAAAUAGACAGAAAUUUAUAUAAUAGUGAUGGUUGGACAAUUAAUUAAGCUAAUCCAAAAAUAAAUUUACAUAAAUCAACUGAUUGUAAUAGUGAAAGUAAGAAAUUAAAAAUACUAGGUUCAAUUUAUCUGUAAUUUAUUGGAUUCAUGGAAAUGGGUGAUUCUAUUAAAAAAACAAUUAUUUUAGAGCCUCAUUUUAGAUUAAAAAUAUAAUACUUGUAAAUACUAAUUUCAUAAGAAUUUGCCCCAUCAAUAUAUUGGUAUGCAUAUUUAAAUGGUAAGAUAUAAUAUUAAGUGGGAUAUAUGACUUAUAUAUUAUCUCCUCCUGUUUGUUCUAAGCUUUUAGAUAAAACUAGAGGAGAUCUGAUUUAAUAGGUUGAAUAUGAAUCUUUUCAUUAAGAUACUUUAGUUGAGUUUGCAACAUCAGCAAGUUAAUCAAUUUAGGGAUCAAAAACUAGAUGGGGUAUUCGAAACUUUUAAAUCUUAAUUAAAAAAUGUCAUCCAAAUUGUUAAUAUUCUUGUUUUGGACCAUUAGAGACUUAAUGUUAAAAUACUAAGUAUCCUAAAUUUAUUAUACAUGAAAAUAAUCUUAAUUUGGAUACAUUUAGCGAUGAUUAAGAAUGGUAAGUUUUGACUCUAUUUUAAUUUACAAAUAUAAAUUAAUGUAACAAUUAAGCCUUACUUGGUGGACAUAAUAAUUUAUAAGGUAGACAUUUCAUUUAAAGCGUAUAUGAUUUGAAACCUCAUGUUAAGAUAGGUUUAUCAUUUAAAGUCUACUUUAUUGAUAAAUUUUAUGAUGAACAAUUUUAUGUAAUUGUAGAUGGAACUAUUGUAUAUCAAUAUACAAUACCUUCAAUAGUUGAUUCUAAAAAAGAUAUGCCAUAUUGUGGUAUUUAUGCUGAAAUUGAUUAAAUCAUGAAAAUCAGUAUUGUUACCAUUCCUCAUACUAGAUCUUAAGUCAUCAUUUAAAUUUAAACAAAUCAACCAGAUACUUCAAUAUGUAAUAUAUUAAUAUUUAAUACUCAAAGCUUCUUGGGGAAUUAGAGAAUUUAUAUUAACUCUUAAUGGAAUUCCAAACAUUAAAAAUCUCAAUGACUUAAACUUCUCUAAUCAAAACAUUUCUCCUUGGAAAAUAGCUUUAUAAAAUUCUCCUAUUUGGUUAUGUGGAUCUAAAUCUUAUAUUGGAGGAAUUAAUGCAUUAGAUAAGGAUUCAUAAUUGAGAAAAACAUUUAAAAAUAUACCUAUUCAUCUACAGAUUAGAAUAAGUUUCUCUAUUGUGACUAUUCAAUCAGCACUUAGAUAGACUUAAUUCAUUUUAUAGUAAAAUAUUAAUGAUUCUAAAAAAGUGGAUUAUCUGUAAAUUUAAGAUUUAAAAUAUUGUGGAGGUAUUGAAUAUACUCAUCUCUUUAAAUUUGAUUAUGUUUUAGAUCAUAAAGAGGAUGAUAUAUUUAUACUACUUUAUAUUGAAUAAAUGAAUGCAUAAGAAUUUUGGAGUUUUAGAGAUUUCUCAUUGUCAUAUAAUAAUGAAAAAACACAAUCAUGA